AAACAAACACCGGGGUUCCUGCUUCCCGUUAGCUUCGUCAAAGCUGCAAUAUCCGAGCCCUGACAUUGCGAGGAUGGAGGCUGUUAUGGUUUAGAUCGGGCUUCGCUGAAAGCACACACAGUGGGAGGCAGGAGGUGUGAGCGAAAAAGCCCCAGACACCAGCAGCAUGUACUCCGAGUGGCGCUCCCUGCAGCUGGUGGUACAGAGCGACCAGGGUCACCUCAGUGUUCUGCACACCUACCCUCCCAAUGUUGGUACAGAGGUGGCAAACGCAGUGGUCAAGCCUUUGGGCACAGCCGUUAGCCCUGUGGCCACAGAAAACAUCCUUAAAACGGACAAAGAGGUGAAAUGGACCAUGGAAGUGCUUUGUUAUGGCCUGACCCUUCCCUUAGAGGGGGACACCGUCAAGCUGUGUGUGGACGUGUACACGGACUGGAUGAUGGCCCUGGUGUCUCCCAGGGACUCGAUGCCGCAGCCUGUGGUGAAGGAGCCCAAUAUGUACGUCCAGACCAUCCUCCGACAUCUAUACAACGUAUUUGUGCCAAGGCCUGAACAGCACAGUCUGAACCACAUCAGGCUUUGCCAGCAGGUUCUCACUGCGGUCCAGAAGCUGGCACGAGAAUCUGUAUCCAUGGUGAGGGAAACCUGGGAGGUGCUCCUGCUCUUCCUGCUGCGCAUCAACGACACUCUGCUCGCUCCACCGUCGGUUGGCGUGGGGGUAGCAGAGAAGCUAGCAGAGAAGCUGAUGGCUGUGCUGUUUGAGGUGUGGCUGCUGGCAUGCGCCCGCUGCUUCCCCACGCCGCCAUAUUGGAAGACUGCGCGGGAAAUGCUGUCCAAUUGGAGACACCAUCCUCCUGUGGUGGAGCAGUGGAGCAGAGUAGCUUGUGCUCUGACUUCAAGGUUGUUGCGGUUCACCCACGGACCGUCCUUCCCACCUUUUAAAGUUUCUGACGAAGACGCCAACCUGAUCCCUGUAGAGAUGGACAAUGACUGCGUGGCACAGACGUGGUACCGCUUUCUCCACAUGAUCGGAAACCCGGUGGACUUGAGCAACCCCGCCAUAGUGAGCACCACCCCGAAGUUUCAAGAGCAGUUUCUGAACUCCAGCGGGAUUCCCCAUGAAGUAGUGUUGCAUCCAUGUUUGAAGCAGCUCCCGCAGAUCUUCUUCAGGGCAAUGAGGGGAAUCAGCUGCUUGGUGGACGCGUUCCUAGGCAUAUCACGACCCCGGGCUGACAGUGCCCCGCCCACCCCAGUGAACAGAUUGAGUAUGUCUCCGCCCCCCUCUGUUGCCAACACUACGCCCCCACACAGCCGCAAACAGCGACACGCUGCGGUUGUGAAAACUGCGAGCAAGAGCUCAACCAGCAGCAGUAGUCAACCAGUCAAAGCAUCCCAGCAGCAGCAGCCGUCGUCUUCCCCGACCCUGCUCUCCAGCCCCAAUCAGAGCAGCUGGGAGGCGCGGCCCCUGCCGGCCCCGGCGCGGCCCAAGGUCAACAGCAUCCUCAACCUGUUUGGCCAGUGGCUUUUCGAUGCCGCUCUGGUCCACUGCAAACUCCACAGCGGCCUCAGCCGCGACCCCAGCAUGACCGCCUCUUUUAUCCAAAUUCUCCUUUCUUAUAAAUCUUCAAUAGCCACUCAGAUGGGUUUGGAGCUGAGGAGGAAGGGUUCCCAAAUGUCCACUGACUCUAUGGUGCCCAACCCCCUCUUUGAUAUCAACGAGUUCCCCGAGAGCUACGAGUCGGGAAGAGCCGAAGCCUGCGGGACUCUCUGUCGCAUCUUCUGUAGCAAAAAAACUGGAGAGGAUAUUCUUCCUGUUUACCUCUCGAGGUUCUACAUGGUUCUGAUCCAGGGUUUGCAGAUCUCUGAUUUCAUCUGUAGACCAGUUCUGGCUUCUAUCAUUCUUAACUCUUCGUCUCUUUUCUGCACCGACCUGAAGGGCAUCAAUGUUGUGGUGCCUUACUUCAUUGCUGCUCUGGAGACUAUUGUUCCAGACAGGGAACUGUCGAAAUUCAAGAUUUAUGUAAAUCCUACAGACUUGAGGAGAGCUUCCAUUAAUAUCCUGCUCGCCAUGCUGCCUCUGCCUCACCACUUUGGAAACAUCAAAUCAGAGGUUCUGUUGGAGGGCAAGUUCAACGAAGAGGACGGGUGGCCCCAUGACCAGCCCGUUUCCUUCCUUUCUCUGAGGCUGCGUCUGGUUAACGUCCUCAUCGGAGCCCUGCAGACUGAGACGGAUCCCACCAACACCCAGCUGAUCCUCGGUGCAAUGCUAAACAUAGUUCAGGACUCGGCGUUGUUGGAGGCUAUUGGCGCGCAGACGGAAACGGGCAGCAUCGAUGGAAGCCACGCCACGCUGAGAAGUCAGAGUCACAGUCGCACCAACAGCGGCAUCAGCUAUAACAGCGGAGGGAGCACAGACGCCACUAGCCCAGACUGUGAGCGUCCCGCGCAGGCGCUGCUCAGAGACUAUGCUCUUCCAGAUACGGCGGCAGGCCUGCUGGUGCGCAGCAUCCACCUGGUCACACAGAGGCUCAAUUCUCAGUGGAGACAAGACAUGAGCAUCUCACUUGCUGCCCUGGAGCUGCUAGCGGGGCUUGCAAAGGUAAAGGUGGGCGUCGACUCUGCAGACCGUAAACGUGCAGUCAGCUCCAUCUGCGGCUACAUUGUGUACCAGUGCAGCCGUCCGGCUCCUCUUCAGUCCAGAGACCUUCAUUCCAUGAUCGUAGCUGCCUUCCAGUUUCUCUGCGUGUGGCUCACAGAGCACCCCGACAUGUUGGAUGAGAAGGAUUGUUUGAUGGAGGUGUUGGAGAUAGUGGAGCUGGGAAUCUCUGGGAGUAAGUCUCGCCAUGAACAGGAAGUGCGUCACAAAGCGGAGAAGGAGCACAAUCCUGCUUCGAUGAGGGUGAAGGAUGCAGCUGAGGCAACUUUGUCAUGCAUCAUGCAGGUGUUGGGGGCCUUCCCUUCUCCCAGCGGACCCGCCUCCACCUGCAGCCUGCUGAAUGAAGACACUCUGAUUCGCUAUGCCAGACUAAGUGCCACAGGAGCCAGUAAUUUCCGAUACUUCGUCCUGGACAACUCCGUGAUUCUCGCCAUGCUGGAACAACCUCUUGGCAACGAGCAGAACCCCAGUCCGUCUGUGACGGUUUUGAUCAGAGGAACAGCUGGGAGACAUGCCUGGACGAUGCAGCUCUUCCAUCAACCACGAGGAGCUCGUGCCAAUCAGAGGAUGUUCGUCCCAGAGGGCCGACCUAAACCCAACAAUGAGGUGGGCAUCAAAUACAAUGUCAAGCAGAGGCCCUUUCCAGAGGAGGUGGAUAAAAUCCCUCUGGUCAAAGCUGAUGUCAGCAUCCCAGACCUGGAUGAUAUCGUCAGUAAGGAGGUGGGUUGUUUGGGCUGGGAGGAUGAUUCAGCUGACACAAGCUCACUGAUGAGUGAUUACCUGGAAAUUCAGCAUGACAAGCUUCGUAACCUGAUGGCCAAGCAGAUAGAGUAUGAGAACACUUUGGAACGAUGCAGUGAGGAACUGUUGAAGUCCAAGUCUUUUCCAGACCCUCAGAUGGACUGCAAACCUCCCCCUCCCGCCCAGGAGUUCCAGACAGCUCGCCUCUUCCUCUCUCACUUUGGUUUUCUGUCUCUGGAAGCACUGAAAGAACCAAACAACAGUCGUCUACCUCCUCAUUUGAUUGGCCUGGACUCAUCCCUGCCGGGGUUUUUCGAUGACGUCAGCUACCUGGAUCUGCUUCCCUGCCGACCGUUUGACACGGUCUUUAUUUUCUAUGUCCGGGCAGGACAGAAAAGCAGCUCUGAGAUUUUGAGGAAUGUGGAGUCCUCAGCUACCGUCCAGCCUCACUUCCUGGAGUUCCUGUUGUCUUUGGGCUGGCCUGUGGAUGUGGGCCAGCAUCCAGGAUGGACGGGACACCUGGACACCAGCUGGUCCCUCAACUCCUGCUUCGACAGCACUGAUCUACAAACAGACGAAGCAGCUCCUCCUGAGGACACCGGAGGCUCCGUGUUCAACGGCGAAAAGAAAGUUUUGUACUACGCCGACGCGCUCACAGAGAUUGCCUUUGUCGUUCCCUCUUUAACAGAAAACUCAGAGGAGUCGUCUGUGCACAGUGACUCUACGGUGGAGGCGAACCCCAACACAGACCUCAUACCUGGAAAACAAUCCACUCUCACACUGGAACUGUUCCCCAACCACUCUGAGAGCCUAGAGUCUGCUAAAAAGCUGAGUCCUUUGUUUAAGACAAAGAGGUCAUCGACCGGAAAAUCUUACCCUCAGCUGGGCCCUGAGACGAAGGUGUUUGUGGUCUGGGUGGAGCGCUUCGAUGAUAUCGAGAACUUCCCGUUAUCUGAUCUCUUGGCGGAAACCAGCACAGGCUUGGAGGCCAGCAUGAGCAACAGCACUUCCUGCAGGUCGGGUUUACUGGAAAAGGACGUUCCUCUGAUCUUCAUUCACCCGUUAAAGACGGGACUCUUCCGGAUUCGGCUGCAUGGAGCUGUGGGCAAAUUUGGCAUGGUGAUUCCCCUGGUGGACGGCAUGGUGGUUAGCCGCCGCGCUCUAGGGUUUCUUGUGCGCCAAACAGUGAUCAACGUAUGCAGACGGAAGCGGCUGGAAAGUGACUUGUACAACCCUCCACAUGUGAGGCGAAAACAGAAAAUCACAGAAAUCGUGCAGCGUUAUCGCAACAAACAACUGGAGCCCGAGUUCUACACCUCCCUCUUCCACGAGGUCGGGGACGGAAAGCCCCACCUCUAACCCCGCCUCGCCGCCAUGUCCUAACACUGGCUCACAAGCGCACACGCCGCACACACUCUUAUUCUGAACCCGUACCCCCCUGCAUACACACACACAUCCACACUCAAGAUCUUUAUAUUUAUACUGUACUAUUUUUGUUAUUUAUAUAAACACAUAUAUCAACACUGUUUGCCUUUGACUCUGAGAUCAAAGUGUCAAAAAAAAACAAAUCAUGCCAAGGUGAGGGGAAACACCAACAUUUCUGUAUUCCAGCUGCGAUCCCAACGGUGAAGUCGAACAGUUUGCCGUCUUUCUUCUUGUUUAGCUCCAUGCUUUGCAGCAACAAAAGGUUAGCUUGGUCUUUAAUGCAAUACGUCAGUAACAACGUUGGCCUUUCUGAACUUGUAAAAGCUUCGUUUUGUUUUGUUUUUUUUACUUUUUUUGCUACACGAGAUGAUUUCAUGAGGGAACAUAAAAUGGUGCCCAAAUCUGUUUGUUGUCCGGAUGAAACAGAUUUAAGUUUGCCAAGGAUACAAACCAACAUCAUUUGCAGCUUAGGAACGUAAUCAUUUUACCAACGUUGAGGCAGCAGAACUCUUGCUAACGCCAGCUAAAGUCUUCCUCGUGCGAACUCACAUUUGGCCUGACUGAGCACACUCUGUCCUUAGCUUUUCUCCCCGAUUUAAAGGAUUGGUGUGUUUCGCUGAAUGCGGGUGUCGUUUUUUGACUCCCCUGUGCUUUUGUGCAUGGCUCUCCUUUUAUUCUGCUCACAUGUGCACAGGUGUGUGUAUGUGGCCAUUUGUUUGCUUCUUCCGCCCGUCAGUCGACACUACAAGGAGUCAGGGAGCUCUAAGAGCCCUGCACGUGGCAUUUGAAAACUGAAAUUUGUCACUUUAAACCAAUAAGAAUCUCAUAUUUCUUUGUAUAUUUUUGUUUUUGUUUCCUGAAUUUUUCGACAGAGACACCUUUUUUUUAUUUUUAAUGUUAGUGCUGGAGUUUACUGAUGGUGCGAGCUGUGACAGAGCUCCUGGGGUUUGCACUUGAUGUUUGCAGGGCUGCCCUUAGAUCUAACACACAUCUGUUUGAGGCGUGAAGCCACUGCUGAUACCAAACUGAACCAUUGCACAGUUUUGACUGAUUUGUUUUGUUUUGUUUUCCCGGCCAAAAUGCUCGAUGUAGCUAACCAGUGCACACAUCUUGAGCCAGCCUUCCCUUAUAAAACGGAAGGCUAAGGAUUUCUGCACAGGGCUGUAU